GACAACAUGAGCAACAAAGAAGGAUUGGGAGGGUUCAGGAAAAGGAAGCAUGACCAUUUUCCCCACAACCAGAGGAGAGAAAGGUAGGAUAUUAAUGCAUCGUCACCCGUGAUGGUGGCCUUAAAAACAUUUCAGCAGGAACUUGAUGCAAGACAUGACAAAUAUGAGAGACUUGUGAAACUUAGUCGGGAUGUAACUGUACAAAGUAAAUGAUAAUUUUCCUCUCUAUAGGAUUACAAGUGCUCCUGAUAUGGAGGAAAUAUUGACUGAGUCAGAAAUUAAAUUAGAUGGUGUCAGACAAAAGAUACUGCAGGUGGCCCAGGAGCUCUUCAGAGAAGAGAUGCAUUAAUUCCAUAGAGCCAUUACCACAGGACUGACCACAGACUUCAGGAAUAUGUGGAGGCCGUCUCUUUUCAACACUUUAUUAAAACACGAUCACUUAUCAGUAUGGAUGAAAUUAAUAAACAACUGGUAUUUACAACAGAAGACAAUGGGAAAGAAAAUAAGGCUAUGAGGAAACUGAGGUUUAGAGAGAUGAAAUAAUUUGCCCAAGGACAUACCCUUAUGAAGCAAGGUCAUGGAAGAGGUGGAAGGAGAGGUCAAGGUCAUUUGGAAGAGUUAAUCCCAAAACAAGAGGAGAGACAACUCAUCAUCUGAGACUGGAGGAUAGAAGCCCUCUUCCGAUGCUCAGUGCUCUCGAUAAAGAGUUUGGUACUUGGAGACUGAAAACCACCCCUGUUGAUUACCUCCUGGAAGUGGCUGAUCUAACUGGAUCUGAGAUGGGAAAUGCCUGGGGGACUACUGCUACUUUGAUUACUGCUGUUUGCUGUAGUGUACUACUAGUAGCAGUCAUUGGACUGAUUGUAUGGAAAAGAAAGCUGCUUCUCAGAAGAUUCAAACUACUACCACAAGAAGAGAUUGAAGAAUUGUAACUUGGUGCUUUCACUAAGGUGCAUUCAUGAUGUAUUCAGAUGGAGGAGCACUGGAAAACUGGCAGUUCUUACACAGUGACAGAUAGCAGAAACCACAAGCUUUCUCAGAGAAUGUGUAAGUAACUGACAUUACUUUUCCUGAUGACUGCCACAGCUUGCUCAAGAGCGGACUGUUCAAGCUGCCCUCCUGGAUAGCCUCCGACCAAUCAUUUCUUUUCAAGAAAAGGAAAAAGCAACGAUUCCCAAAGAAGAUAGACAAUUGGCCAGCAGGGAUAUAAAAAGGUGCUCAACAUCAUUAAUCAUCAGGGAAAUGCAAAUCAAAACAAUGAGACAUCACCUCACGCCUCUUGGAAUGCCUACUAUCAAAAAGACAAGAAAUAUAAAGUAGUGGCAAGGAUGUGGUGAAAAGGGAAGACUUGGGUACUGUUGGUGGAAUAUAAAUGGGUGCAGCCAUUAUAGAAAACAGUAUGGAAGUUCCAAAAAAAUUAAAAAUGGAACUACCAUAUGCAGCAAUUUUACUUCUGGGUAUUUAUCUGAAGGAAAGGAAUAUUCGAACUUGAAAAGUUAUCUGUACCUCCAUCUUCAUUGCACCAUUACUUGCAAUAGCAAAGACAUGGAAUCAACCUAAGUGUCAUCGAUGGAUGAGUGGAUAAAGAAAAUGUGAUACACUCAUACACACACAGUCAUGCGCCACUUAACAAAGGGGAUACAUUCUGAGAAAUAUAUUGUUAGGCAAUUUCGUUGUUGUGUUAACAUCAUUGAUUAUACUUACACAAACCUAGAUGGUAUACUAGUAGCCCAUUGCUCCUGAACAGUCAGGCUACACUAAAAUCAUAAAACAAUAUGAGACCAAAUCAAGCAGAAGAGAAAAUGAUAUCAAGAGAUACAGUCAACAGGCCAGGCUGCUGCUAGUGUAACUCCACAUACUGUUUUUCAGCAAACUUAUUUUUUUAAAAAAUAUAUUUCUUUAUUGAUUUCAGAGAGGA